GACGGACCGGAAAUAGUGUGAGGUUACCGAAGUCUCUUGUGAAGUGUUGCACCUGAUCAAUCCCCCAAAAGUCCUCAGCUGCUUCCUGUUUGCCCACUGCUUCCCUCAGAGCUGCAGCACAGAGAAGAUGUUGAGAAGUGCCUCAGCACAGAUCUUCAGACAGGUGGUGAGAUACCGGAGCACAGACACCAGCCUCAUCCUGGAGAGAUCAAUAAACCGGGUGCAGCUGUUAGGCCGAGUGGGUCAGGACCCGGUGAUGAGACAAGUGGAUGGCCGAAACCCUGUGACCAUCUUCUCAUUAGCAACCAAUGAAAUGUGGCGUACUGGAGACAGCGAGAUGACCCCAUCAGGUGACGUCAGUCAGAAGACGACGUGGCAUCGCGUGUCGGUGUUCAAACCGGGUCUGAGAGACGUGGCCUACCAGUACGUCAAGAAAGGUUCCAGGAUUCUAGUUGAGGGGAAACUGGACUAUGGAGAGUAUGUGGACAAGAACCAAGUCCGACGUCAGGCCACCACCAUCAUCGCAGACAACAUCGUCUUUCUGAGCGACAACAUUCGAGACAGAACCUGAAGGACUCUCCUCUCCAUCUUCAUCCAACAACAAGACAACUUCUUUUUGUAUUUUCCUGUAGACACAAAAAUAAGACUGAGGCAGUGAAUGCCACUAAGUAAAGGAACUGGCUUUCACGAAAGAAGGGGGACAGAAUAUGCUGUGACAAAGGUCAUGUGUGAGUGCAGCACCUCCUGCAAACCUUGAUGCAUCAAGAGGAGCAGAAAGUCCAUUUGUUUUGGUAUAAAUUCACUGAUUCUGAUUUUGAUUGUGCUACUUGUACAUAACGUUACUACGACACUCUUAAUGUCGUUUUUUUGUGUACUCAAGAUUCACGUGUGAGAAUGAUGUUGGAAACGAGGUGAAAAAGCUGUUUCACUGUUUGAAGACUGAGUACAAGAUCCUGUAGAAAUUGUAGCUCUGUUAAGAGCAACACAUACAAAAGUUCUCAUCGUUUUUCUUCAUUGCUCCAGUUAAAAUAAGAUCUUUAAGGUCAGUACAUCAGGAUUUGUUUCUUGGUGAGGUAGCUGUGAUAAAGGGGUGUUUAACGGCCAGCCUGGUGGACAGAUUUUAGCUUUGAGACAACGUCCCAACAUGUUUAGAAUUUAUUGUUAAAUUCAACCCGCCCAAAGAAAACUAGCGUAUCUCCAAAUUUUGUGAUUUCCUUUUGUUAAACUUCUUAAGCUAAACAACCCAUUUAAAAGCCUGUUUGAUUAUCUCAGAAAUGCAUCAUUGCAAAGCUGAAAACAGGCUGUAAUCUGUAGCUCAUGACAAGUUGAUCCCUGGGAGAUGCAUGUUUUUUGCAGGACAGUGUCCACAGUGACCCCUGCAGGGCAGAAGAAAAACAUUGAAUGUCACGCCAAGUAAAAUUUAAAGUGUUGUGUUCCUUCUCAGAGCCUCUCAUCUGGUUUUAUGUUCUGGUCUGACUUGUCUCGGCUGUCUGUGUCACACUUCCCUUCAUGUAAAUCUCUCACGAAUGCAGGUUGUUCAGCUGCAGAGAAGUGAGUAGGUUACCCAAACACUUGAGGGGAAAAAUAAAGACACCAGCAUGCAAAGUUAGAGGAAGCGCCCUCAGUUAAAUUCACCUUUUCUUUCUGUUUCUCCUGCGUUUUUCUUCUCCCGUUCUCUGAUUCGUGCACAGCUCCAACAGAACAUUGCUGGAUGACUUUAUGUUUGAUCUACAUCUGUUUUCUGCUUUGUCACUUUCUUGUCAGUUGUUAUCUCUGUUACUUCCUGAGCAGUGACUGGCUGCUUUCAGCUCGCUGCUGCUGGUUCAUUUCUCUGUAAUGACUCCUAUAAUCCACCUUUUUCCAGACUACCUUUGUCUUCACAUUUCUGUUCAUUCUCUACAGUCAGGGUGUAUAAGAUUUAACCUUUCUGUGUUAUUUAGUGGUUCCUCAAUUUGCUUACAAAACACUUUAUAGAGGAGAAAAACUGUUAGAAGCAUCC